GUUCAUGACUCUUGGCGUCGGAACGAAAAUUUCUAUUAAAUUCCAUCUUAUUUCGUUCGCGAUCCCAUCAAGUUCGGUUCUUACUGAAAAGAAGUAGGGUUGUUAUGCGUAGUUGAAUAAAUAAAUAAAAUUAUAACAAAGUGGGGGUGUAAAAAUGAGGGGUGUAAGAAAGAAAAAGAAAUUAUACGAUUGAAAUAAAGAACAUCUUGAAGGAAAGUAAAAAACAUUAUUUGUCUUAUUCGGUGCUAUAUUAAACGGGAUAUCGACGAAAAUACGACCACGGAAUUCAUUUUUCUAAGGUUUUUUUUCGAGCUGUAAAAAUACCAUCUCGUGAGAAAGAAAGGGAGAGAUAUGUAAGAUUCACUACUACGCGUAUUGUCUGCGUCACGAAAUGAAUACAUGAUUUAACCUUAAAUAUAUUUUUGGGGGAUUUUUUAUCAGCCCUAUCAUAAUUGACUGUGUUAUCAUAUGUAUACAGAUAAAAUAAAUAUAUCCGUAUCGUGGAUAUUAAAAAAUUCGUCUAAUUAGCCGUCUCACAAAAGUAUUUUAUUAUAAGAGAAGUAUAAAAUUUGACAUAACUAAUAAGAAAAUUGGUCUCCCAAGAGUAUAUUUGCCUCUAUGUAAGAUAUAAUAAAAAUACACAAUGAUUAUUUUGGCAGAGUAUAAUACAUAUGAUGAAAGGGCGUCAUUAGCAUGCUGGAAAAGCGGUUGCUUCAUGCUCCUGGUUCGUCGCCAUGCACCCUGAUCUUUAUGGUCGCUUUGGCACUUACAGGAUGCAUUACCUUUUGGUUUCAUAUAGAAAGUUCAGGAUCACUGACUCCUUACUCAAACAGUGCAUCAGCUCCGGGAUAUAUACUUAUUUUACCUGGAAAUCUCACACCACCUUCUCCACCUUAUUCAUUAAGCCAGCUUCCGUCCGAUGACAAAUCCACUUUAAUCGAUAUAAAGGAUUUCAAAUUUAUAAUUAAUCAUGAUCCUUGUAACAAGACGCAACCAUUGUUGCUUUUGUUGAUUCACUCAGCACCAGCUAAUUUUCCUAAAAGGAAUGUAGUACGGGAAACAUGGGGACAGAAAUCAUCCGACAUGAUAUUGUUGUUCCUUGUUGGAUUUUCGGAAGAAUAUCAAGAAGAAUUGGAAGAAGAAAAUAAAAAAUAUCAAGAUUUGAUACAAGGAAAUUUUCUUGAUGCCUACCGAAACAUGACCUAUAAGCAUGUUAUGGCAUUGAAGUGGGCUACAUAUCAUUGUCCAAGUGCCAAAUAUAUAUUAAAGCUAGAUGAUGAUGUUUUUGUUCAUAUUCCUGCUAUGCUGGACUUUCUAAUCCAUACCCUCUCACCGUGGGGUGCUAAACGUUUGAUUCUAUGUGAUCUUAAAUCAGCAGCUAUAGUUAAAAGAUCUUGGCGAUCAAAGUGGAGAGUUUCUCCGCUAGAAUAUCCUGGCAGACAUUAUCCAAUAUAUUGCGCUGGAUGGGCUAUUUUAUAUUCUCCUGACAUUGUAUUCCUACUUUAUCGAGAAGCUCAAAAAGAACCAUAUUUCUGGAUUGAUGACGUUCAUAUUACUGGAAUAUUGACUAGAAAAUUAAACAUUACGCAAUCUUCUUUAGAUUCUUUGGUGCUUACAACUGAGAGUAUGCAAUAUGUAUUACAAAAUCCGUACAUUCAAAGAGAUUUUUUAUUUGGACCACCUAAUUUAAUGGAGAAUGAGAUAAGAGCCUUAUAUAGUUUGAUUAAUAGUAAGCCACGGCUUACAAGUGAAAGCCUAGUUAAUUGAUACUUUAUACAAAUUUUUUAUUUAUUCUCAAUGUCUUGAUUGAUUAUUGAUAGAGAGGCAUAAUUUAUAGUAAAUGUUUAUUUGCACAAUGUAAAGAAGUCAUAAUGACAAAAUAUUUUAUACGUGAUUUUUAAGUCUUUCUAUUUAUUUAAAUGGCGAACAAGAAUUUUUAAGUACGCUUGUCAAAGACUUAUAAUCAACAAAAAGUUUAGGCAGCGAAUAUUGUGAAUUUUUUAAAGUGCUAUCUACUUUUUUUAGAUUGCAUUUACAAAAAGUGUAGAUAUAAUAUUAAAGACAAAAAAAAAAAGAAGAAAGAAAGAAGGAAAAAAGAAAACAAAAGAGGUUUAGAAUAUUACCUUGUUACUCAUGAAUUUUAAAGAGACAAAAUAAAAUUGUUAUGUAGAAUUAAGUACAACCCCGAAUCAAGGGUCCAUUUCCAAUUAAAUUUGAGAUUUAAAUGUCUGUUUCUAAUUGUUAGUAUUUUCGAUGUGAACAAAGACGUGCUAUUCUUUGAUACUUUGUGUUUAGUAUUAUAGAUGCAUAACUAUAUAAAUAUAGGAUAUUGAUAAUUCUUAUUUAUUUUGGGAAAAAAAUUUGACGAUGUUUCCGCUUAAUGUGUAUAAAGAAUACUCAGUAAAAAGGUUUUCUCUUCAAAAAUAUGAUUCUAUAGAACAAAAGAGGGAAAUAAAAAAGAAAGAGAAAGAGAGAAAACCUUCUGCUAAUACUUAGCAAAAAAUAACUUGUAAAUUUUCUGCAAGUUAAUGGAAUACUCUAACUAGCACUCUCGAAUAGCCAAAAGUAGGACCAAUGUAUAAAACAAACUGUGUACAAGUUUCAUGUGAUUUAAACUACAAAUUUCAGCUCGUUCUGAUCUUGGUUACCUGGAAUAACUAUAUGCAAGAAAAAGAAAGAAAGAUUAAAUAAAAAAAAAAAAAGGAAGAAAGAUAUUACAUUUAAAUUUUAAAUAACUUGCACGAAUAUUACGUAUUAACAAAAAAAAAAUAACUUCUGAUAUAUGUAUUUUCUGUAUUUCUUUUUUAUACUGAUAAUAAUGAGAUCGAUGUUACAUUAUCUUUAUUUCUAUAGGGGGAGAAAGGGAAAGAGAAAGAGGGAGAGAAAGAGUAUGUUGCUAUAUUAUUCAAAUAUACUCACAUAGCCUAAUGCAGUAUACUCUAUUCUAUAUGAAGUAUACAUUCUAAUGCAAAUUAUCUUAUAAUUUCAAUAAAUAUAAAUCAUUUCAAUUAUUCGAA